GGUUGGGUGGGUAAAGUUCCUCAAACCAAGAUCCAGACAACUUCUCAUCAGGAUUUAGGGAAGCCUUGCCGAGGAUGAUUGAGGGAUAUGGAUGAAAAUGAGUCCACAUCAGAAGGUCUCAAACGGCACUGACCUUCAAUCUACCAGAAGUGGACCGGUGACCAGGCCUGUGGAUGAAAAGAAAAUGAAGUCCACAAUUCCAAGAAGAAAAAAUGCUGUUAUUAAAGCUUUCAGCAAAACCAGACAAAGUGAUGAGUAUGGGGCAUGUAAUGUAUCCCAAAAUGCAGUGCUGUUGAUGGAAGCCCACGUUCACCUUACCAUCGGCUUGCAGUCAAGAGAGAGACUUCUGCUGCUUUUCACAGAUUCGCUUAUCAUCGCCAAAACUAAGUCUCUGUAUCUAAAGCUGAAGGCUCGUGUUAGCCUCCCAGACAUAUGGCUGGCAUCCUGUGUUCAUUUCAUCACAGACAGGAAGCUCACCACCAAGAACUCAUUUGUGAUUGGCUGGCCGGCUACCAACUAUGUCGUCACUUACAGCUCAUCAGAAACAAAGGAGAGAUGGUUACAUGCUCUUCACUGGCACACCAGCAGAGCCAGGCAAAAAGUCUUGCCAAAUGCCAUUCUUCUCUACGUCCUGCUGAUUUGCCAUCCAGAUGACAACAGCUCAGAGACCGUUGCUGUGGCAGUGGACGUGAGCACGACCACAGAAAAUGUGGUUCAGUACAUCAUGCAGCAGUGCAAACUAUUGGGUGAAGUCUCGGACUACCAGCUGUGUGUAAACUAUGAAAAAGAAGAGGAAACAUACCCCCUUAUUGGCCAUGAGCUACCAUUUUUCAUCUUGCAUCACUCCCUGAGAAGUCAGCAAGAUCAAUGUCACAUGCCCAGUGAGCCCGUGCAGGAAGCCUUUAGUUCUGGCCAGCAGACAGAGGCUCCUCCCAAGACCCCUCACUUCAUGCUAAAAAACAGAACACACUCUCCUAGAGGUGCUUUGCUGAAACAUAAAAGGAAAAGGUCUCUGAUUGAUUGGGCUCUGAGGAGGGGACACUUUAACCAAUCUGAUGGCCAAUCUGACCCGCAAACUGCCUCUCACAAGCUAUUUGGCCAGCCUCUUUCUUCCAUUUGUCCUGAUGGAAACCUGCCCAAGCCAGUAAUGGACCUGCUGUAUCUGCUGUUCUGUGAGGGUCCAGAGACCCGUGGAAUCUUCCGUCGUUCAGCAAAUGCCAAAAACUGUAGAAUCCUGAAGGAGCGAAUUAAUUCUGGGCAAAGUAUUUCACUGCAUGAACAAUCAGUGUUCGUCUCUGCAUCUCUAGUUACGGAGUUUUUACGCAAACUGCCUGGUGGUGUUUUGUGCUGUGACUUAUAUGAGGACUGGAUGGAAGUUCUACAGACUGAGGAUCAACAAGAAAGACUUAACAGAGUCAGAAGUUUGAUUGCACAGUUGCCGGAGGAGAAUGUCACCUUGCUGUGUCUCUUAUUUGGAGUGCUACACAGGAUACACACUCACUCGGAGGUGAAUCAGAUGACAGCAACAAACCUGGCACUUUGCAUUGCACCCAACAUGCUCUGGAGAUCUUCCCAAAUUAGCCCUGACAAAGAGGGACAGAGUGUGUUGCAG